AUGAGCACAUCUACGCAAGUCAGGCCGAGCAGACCCAUCGGAGGCUUUAGAGGCGGUCUACUUGGAUUCUCAGCUGGAUUUGUCGCUGCAUCUCUAGGAAGUUAUUUCUAUUUAAUAGACGAUUAUAGAAAAUCAAAUGAAAGUAUCGCUACCACAGUCGCUAGCGUGAGUAAGGAGAGUGUAGAACUUGGAAAGAAGUUCAGCAGGAUAGACGCACUCGAGGACGAUUUUGAUAGCUUAAAAAGUAGUAUAAAAGAUGAAAUCGAUUUAAAAUCACAGCGCACGCAGUCCGAAGUUCAACAAUUACAAUCUGAAGUGAGCGAUCUGAGGACAUACAUAGUAUCCCUAGAGCAAGAUAUUAGUCGCUAUUUCGCAAGCAACAGGGAUCAAUAUAUUCGUAUUUAAUGCAUCUGUCUUU